CAUGAAGGCCCUUUAAUUUGUGCCCCGCUCAGCGACCAGCAGACCAUAAGGAUCACACUUUCACUUUCGGCGGUAAAAAUACAAGCAUGGCGGAAAGGAACAUGGCACAAAAAGUCCAUUUCCACGAAGACGAAGGUCAACGUUUUGACAAAGUGGACAAUCAUGGGCAUGAUGCUCCAGAUCUAGAUGCAGAUGGAAAAAACCUCAUUAGCAUUGGUGAGGGUGCCGAUUCCAAAGAGACUAGUUACUACAGUGGCAACACAUACCUGGUCCAUGAAGACAACGGAACAUCUGAUGGGAGUUUGGAAAAAGAGGUUGAGAACUUGACAAUAUCCAAUGGUGAUGACCUUGAAGCAUCUGCAGAGUCAGCUCCAUUGGGGGCAGGCCUGGAGCAGGGUCAGAGGGUCUCUAGCAAAGAGAUAUAUGCCGCAUCCUCAUCAAAUUCGCUUUUUCCAUCUGAUGGUGCAGAAUGGAAACUAGAUGAGUCGACUUUUCUGGACUAUGCAGACGAGCAGUGCCGUAGUACUCCUAGGAGGUGCAGGAGAGUUACUCAGGGCUUGAUAUAUAACAAAGUGAUCAGUCCAACUAGCCAAGAAUACAGGCAAGGGAAAGAGUGGAAGUUAGGGGAAUGUUUGGGCAGUGGCACCUUUGGAGAGGUUUAUAAGUGCGAGUCACUAUCAACAAGAGAGCAUUAUGCAGUGAAAAAGGUUCCUACUACUUCUCCUGAUGGACAGGAAAGGCCAGGGUGGGCAAGAUUGGAGGAGAUUAAACUAUGGCAGAAGCUGGGCAAUCAUCCCAAUGUGUGCGAGCUGUAUGGGGUGACAUAUGAAGACAAAGCGUUCUGGUUCCAUAUGGAACUUGUGAAAUUUGCUGAGGAUCCUGCACCCAACCUGCCUGCGUAUGUGACCAACCUGAAUCCCAAUAAACAGAUCCCAAUAGUGGGUUUACUGAAGGCAGGAGGAGGACUGUUUGAAGGACUUGGCUACAUGCACCAGCAGGAGAGCACACAUAGAGACCUAUCAAAUGCUAAGAACGUCAUGGUGGGCACUGGAUUCCAACUUAAGAUCAUUGACUUCUCCUUCAUCCGUACUGCCACUGAAGACAAACACUUUGAUAAAGACCUGAAAGGAGGACUAGCCUGCUUCUUCCAGCUGGUAACAAGAAAGAAGAAGGACCCCGACAACUGGACAAGCAAAGCUUUGGAAAACUGCUUAAAGGACAAAGGCGAUGUGCAACUGUUGCUGCCACUGUGCCAACAAUUGAUAUCCCAUCUGGACUAUCCCAGCGGCAGAGCGAUCAAUGUUGCAAGGUGGAUGGCAGAGGAUAUAAACAGAUGGCUUGCUAACAUUCUGCUUGAAACCCAAGGGGUAAAGCAUAAUUAACAGGGUCAGAUGCCAUCAGUGUUGCCUUCAUCUUGUCAAGGUUGCAUGAUUCUGUACAUUGUACAUGUAUUUGUCAUCUCGAAAUUUAUGUAUCUUUGGAUUUUACCAUGUUUUACUUUUAGUCAGAGACCCUUUCCUUUCACAGCAUCAUUGUGUUCAAUGUUUUUUAAUGAAUUGAAUUCUCGUGAUGAGGAUGUAUGUAACUAUUUGCAGAUACAUUUAUGGAACAUGUUAAUGGUUACUUGAUUUUUAAUGAAAUGCAAUCUGAGAAAAGUGCCUGGUUUAUAUAAGAUUAAAAUGAACAUUCCUGUGAAGAUAUGGGAACUUUGAGCCUAUGGUGCAUGGGCCUAUGGUGCCAGUAAGAAGCUUCUGAAUUUACCUGAACUGCAGAGACUGUCGUGCCCCCGCAGUCAGGAGCUGGCAGGCGGGUAUCACUGCCAUGCUGGUUGGUUGAAAUUCAAUUUUACUUGGCAACUUUCAAGGCAAGGUUAAAGUAAAAGUGAGUAAAUGAUCCUACUUUGAUAAAUUAAUCAUGAUUCAGAUCAUGCAUUGAAAGUGUGGUGACAUAACAUUAAAACUAUGAAGUUAGAACUAUGAAAUUUCUUAACACAUAUUUAGACAUAACGAAUAUGAGCAUGGUGCUCUUUGUAAAUACUGCAACUUCUAUGAAUUCCAAAAUAGAGAUAUUGAAUAUUAUUGAUAUUAUUAUACUAUUAGUAUAAACUUUUAAGUUUAAGCACUAUAGCAAAGAAAAAAUAUUUAGUAGCACUUUGCAGAUUGGUAGCAAAUAGAAAAUGGUGAUGGUUGUAUUAAUCUUUGAAAAUGAGUCUGAAGAAGCUUUGAUGUCUUCUGUAUUUUGUAACUCAAUGUCCAUUUUCAGGACACAAAUGCAUUUUAGACUGUCUUGAAUUUUACCAUCAAAUUAUCUAAAAUUUGUACAUUUUUAACUAUUUGUACAUUUUGAUAUGGAGGGAUUAUUGCUUAAUAAAUAAUCUAUAUUUGUGAGUA